AUGGCUCUCACCACGUUCGACUACGCCGCUCUUCUGACGAUCGCCGGCGCUGCCGCUUAUCUCUACAGCCAACGCCGAGAUGACCUCCCGCUCCCACCCGGGCCAAGGAAACUUCCUCUCGUGGGUAACCUUUUCAAUAUGCCCAGGUCCUUCGAGUGGGAGAAGUACACCGAAUGGGCGAAGGAAUUCGAUUCGGACAUCAUCCAUCUCAGCGUUCCCGGGCAGUCGAUUGUCGUACUGAACACUUACGAUGCAUGCGUCGAGAUUUUAGAGAAACGAUCAAGGAUGUACUCAAGCCGCCCUGUACUCCCUAUGGUUGGCGAUAUCAUGAAGAUGGAUAGUAGCCCAAUCCUCAUGCCAUACGGUGAAAGAUGGAGAGCGCGUCGUCGCCUCAUACACACAAUGCUUAACCCGACAGCGGCUGCUCAAUUUCACCCUUGUAUCCAGAAGUCUGUGCAUACCCUCCUACGCGCGAUGCUCGAUGCGGGCGAGGACGGCUUGGAGCCAGCACUGCGACACCUUGCCGCUUCCACCAUUCUGUGUGUCGCAUACGGAAUCGACGUCUCCAAUAAGGAUGAUCCACACGUUGGCGAAGCGGAGAAAGCACUCAAGAUCCUCUUGGCCGCGAUGACGGCGGAUAACUUCCUGGUCAACAUCAUUCCUGCGCUCAAGUACGUGCCCGAGUGGUUUCCAGGUGGCGACUUUCACCGCCAAGGGCGCGAAUGGCACACUUUCCUGAUGAACGCGAUCGACCGGCCCUUCCAAGAGGUAAAGCAGGAUAUAGCGUCCCCCAAGCCUUCAUUCACGUCGCUAGCACUCGAACAAGGCGUGGAUGACGAGGUCAUUCGUGAUACCGCGGGGGCACUAUACCAUGCUGGUACCGACACAACAGUCGUCGCCCUCCUUCACUUCACGCUGGGAAUGCUGAACAACCCUCAGGCGCAAAGACGAGCACACGAAGAGCUAGACGCCGUCCUUGGGCCUCUGGAAACUGCCGAUGGCGCGCCAGGCCAGCUGCCGGACAUGUCGGACGAGCCGCGGCUGCCUUUUGUGACGGCCAUUGUGCGUGAAAGCCUGCGAUGGAUGCCCGUGACGCCAUUGGCUAUCCCGCACGCGUAUACAGGCGAAGAACCGGAUGUCUACAAGUCGUAUACAAUCCCUGCGCGGUCUAUCGUUAUUGCGAAUGUCUGGGCGAUUGUGCACGACGAGGAAGCUUAUCCUGAACCAUAUGCCUUUAAGCCAGAGCGCUUUCUCGAUAUUGAUGGCAAGCUGAAUCCAGCUGUACGAGACCCCGCGGAUAUAGCGUUUGGGUUUGGUCGCCGUCUUUGCCCUGGGCGCCAUGUCGCGUACGCGUCUGUGUGGAUCGCCAUCGCUUCCAUUCUGCGCGUGUAUAACAUCGAAAAGGCGAAGCUUCCAGACGGCACGCCCAUCGAGCCUUUUCCCGAGUGGACUACCGGGCUUGUGUCACAACCGAAACAUUUCAAGUGCUCCUUUGUUCCACGCUGCGAGGAAGCGGAGGCACUCGCUCGCUCGACCAUAGCCAUAGAGUAUUGA